AUGUCCGCCAUCCUCUCCGCCGACGACCUCAAUGACUUCAUAAACCCGGGCGUCGCCUGUAUCAAGCCCGUCGAGACGCUCCCCAAGCAACAACCGCCCUCCGACGACGUGAACCCUUACGAAGUCACGACGGAGGAGAAGGUCAAUUCCAACACCAUCGCGCCGCCGGCGCAGAUCUCUUUGACGGAUUGCCUCGCGUGCUCCGGGUGCGUGACGAGCGCGGAGGCGGUGUUGGUCAGUCUGCAGAGCCAUGGGGAGGUUUUGGAUACGUUGGAUAAGUUUCAAGAGUUGAAAUUGGGGGACGGGGAAGCAGCGGGAUGUUGUGGGAAGACAUCGUGCGAUGAGAGGAAGUUCUUUGUGGCGAGUGUGUCGCCGCAGUCGAGGGCGAGCAUCGCGGCGACGUAUAAUGUCUCUGAGCGGGAGGCGGGGUAUAUGAUCGGGCAGUUGUUGAGUGGACCGUUGGGAUUGAGGAGUGGUGGGAAGCAUGGGAGUGGGUUUACGUGGGUGGUGGAUACGAAUGCUAUGCGCGAGGCGAGCCUGGUUGCGGCUGCUGAUGAGGUUGAGGAGUCCAAUCUCGCGCCUGUGGAGGGCAAGGUUGAGCCUCAGAAGAAGCCGAUCAUUACGUCCGCGUGUCCUGGGUGGAUAUGCUAUGCUGAGAAGACGCAUGCGCAUAUUUUGGCGCAUCUCAGCAAGCUUAAGUCGCCGCAGGCUUUGACUGGAGUGUUGUUGAAGUCGGUGCUUGCGAAGAAGUAUGGGAUUCCGCCGCAGAAUGUUUGGCAUCUCGCGGUGAUGCCGUGUUUCGAUAAGAAGUUGGAGGCUUCGAGGGCGGAACUUACUUCGCAUUCAUGGCAUGGACAGGAGGGGGAUGCUGUGAGGGAUGUGGAUUGUGUGAUCACGGCUCGAGAGCUGCUGAUGCUUGCGGAGAGUAGGGACAUCAGUUUUCCCAGGCUUCCCAAGCAACCUGUAUCGAAGGAAUACGCGCCGCCUUUCCCAGAGCCGGCAAUCGACGACUACCUCUUCGGACGACAACGUGGACAGAAACGCAAGCGGGAAGAACUCGAGAGCGUAGGCACCAGCGGCGGGUAUCUCUGGCACAUUCUCAAGACAAAACAAGCACAGCAUGUCGGCUCACAGAUCAAAGCUCAACGAGGACGAAACAACGACGUCUCCGAAUACAGCGUCGUAGACGCCGAAGGAAAGGCGGUCUUCAAAGCCGCACGAUACUACGGCUUCCGCAACAUCCAGAACCUCGUCCGAAGACUAAAACCCGCCAAAGCAAGCCGCAUGCCCGGAGCAUCACGAAAGCCCGGCGUUACUCGACGACCGAAUGGCGCAGCGUCCGCCGGUGGCAGUGAUAGCGACUACGCAUACGUCGAAGUCAUGGCAUGUCCCGGCGGCUGCACGAACGGCGGGGGCCAGAUCAAAGUCGGCGACGUGACAACCUUGCGACAAGUCGGUGGGACAGGCAUCGAGAACGGCAGCGAAGACCAAGAAAUCAUCCCCGCGCAAAGGGAAUGGCUCGCGAAAGUCGACGAGGCGUACUGGAGCGCCGACUCGGAGGAACUGCGCGAGGACACUGAUGGGGAUAUCGAGAUGGACGAGCAGUCGCCUGCGCGAGACUCGGUGAUUUCGCGAGCGGAUGAUCCGGAGGGGAUCGUGGAUGGGGUUGAUAGGAGGAGGGUGAAGCAGUUGCUGGAGCAUUGGGAGAGUGUCACGGGGAUUGAGCUGGAGAGGUUGCUCACGACUACGUAUAGGGUUGUGGAGAGUGAUGUUGGGAAGGAGACGGGCGGUGGGGAGACGGAUCGUGUGGCGGCGCUGGCGAGUGCGGCUGGUGGUGGGUGGUAG